UUUAAGUAUAUCUGCCUCCAAGUUUCCCGUCUACGAUGACAACCUGAGACCAUCAUCUUAUUCCGCUGCAGAGAAGAAUAUGGAACAUGUUUUACCUUCACUCUUCUACCUCCAACAUCUCCGCUCCACAUCCUAGGCAGAAGCCAGAUGUUUCCCAACUCUGAUACAUUGAAAAGUGUACUGUGGAUCUUCUCUCUUAAACAAUGUUACAAGAUUAAACGUUAAACACAACUAUGUCACUUGAUGUGUAUAUUCAAUGUGCCUAUGAGCUUUGGAUACAGCUUUUUAUUUCGAACAUUGUAGAUUAAAUUUUAGUUUUAUUUAAAAGUGUAUUUUAACUAGAUUUUUUUUUUUGUUGGUCCCCAUGUUUCCAAAGGUUACAGAGAUGCAUGCUGCCAGAGGACUCACAUGUCUCGCUGGUUGUCAGGAGAGCUAAAAACAAAUGAUGCUCAUAAAAAGGGAGAAUAAUGGGUUACGAUUUGAUGAUAAUUCUGCAUAAGUAGCAAUGACCCAAAGUAAACAAACGCAUCUAAAAAAACAUCUAAAUUAACUCAAAGAUAGUGUCUGCUUGUUGGCUUUCUUUGUCCACUGCAAGGAACCAAACUAAAGAAAAAAGACAUCUUCACUACUGGUAUUAAAAAAACGCAGCCCUCCCAGGUGCAUGCUGGUCCUAUACCUGCCUUAAUCAUGGGUGUCAAUUGCAAAUUAUUCACAACGAAAACAAUAAGUGAAAUAAAUAACCCCUACACUGUUUAUUGUACACGGCAAUAGUUAUUCAAGAAAACAUGUUGAGUACAGGAGGAGGGGAGCAAUACGGGACAAAAUAAAAUGAUCCUCUUUUAUUUUGUCCCACACGGAUUUCCAUACCAGGGAAAUAACUUAACAGGAAGUGCGUCACGUGACAAAACGGACUUCGUGAAAAAUCUGAUUUCUAGUCUGACAAACAGCAUAUUUCGUGAAGCAGGUAAACACGCAGAACUAAUUAACCGUGUGGUCAAUGCUAAGAACUAACCAACUACUUAGUUCAUCAACCGGCUUGUCACCGACGACGGAAACCGUUACCUCGUCGCAUCCUUUACGUUCCGGAGCGAGCCUGCACGAUGAGACUGGUCAUUCUGGAUGACUAUGAUCUGGCCAGUGAAUGGGCAGCGAAAUACAUCCGCAACCGAAUCAUCCAGUUCAAGCCCUCCGCGGAGAGAUACUUCACUCUGGGCUUGCCUACGGGGAGCACCCCCUACGGCUGUUACCAGAAGUUAAUAGAAUACCACAAAAGUGGAGAUAUCUCAUUCAAACACGUGAAGACCUUCAACAUGGAUGAAUAUGUCGGUCUACCUCGUGCUCAUCCCGAGAGCUACCACUCCUACAUGUGGAACAACUUUUUCAAGCACAUCGACAUUGAUCCGGCCAACGCUCACAUCCUGGACGGAAACGCAGAGGAUCUGGAUGCAGAAUGUCAGGCCUACGAGCAGAAGAUCUCAGUGGCUGGAGGAAUCGAGCUGUUUGUAGGAGGGAUUGGCCCUGAUGGUCACAUAGCGUUCAAUGAGCCGGGUUCCAGCCUUGUUUCCAGGACCCGAGUGAAAACCCUGGCGAAGGAUACCAUUGUGGCCAACGCUCGUUUCUUUGGCAACGACCUCACCAAGGUUCCCAACAUGGCGCUGACUGUGGGUGUUGGAACUGUCAUGAAUGCCAAGGAGGUGAUGAUUCUGAUCACAGGGGCACACAAAGCCUUUGCUUUGUAUAAAGCCAUUGAAGAGGGAGUGAACCACAUGUGGACCGUAUCGGCAUUCCAGCAGCAUCCUCGCACGAUCUUUGUCUGCAAUGAGGACGCCACCCUGGAGCUAAGAGUCAAAACGGUCAAAUACUUCAAAGGGUUAAUGCAUGUUCAUAACAGACUGGUGGACCCAGUGCUCAGCAUCAAGGACCAGUAGAAGGAAGAGAACUGAAGAUGAUGUCCCUGUAUACAGCACGAGUGGGCGGCCCUAUUGUUCUGGUGCUGUACCCGAGGACCCGUUGAGCCAAUGUUUGAGUGACAGACUUAGCCUGCUCGUUUAGUCCAUGCAUAGCCUUUGGAUGAUGUCAGCAGAUAAUAAUGAAUGACAGGUCAACAAUAGACAGAUACAUUCCCUCUUUUUUUAGCAGUUUCCAUUUGAAGGGAUUGCAGCGGUUCACUUGACCUAAUCACCACAGGUCUUGGUGGUCCGUGGAUCAGUCGUCCUGACGAUAAACCUAAAGCCAUCAUUCUGUAUUUAUAAAAUGAUAAUGUUGAUUGGUGAUGUCUGUUAAACCAACUCAAAUAAACAUGGUCAGAAGGGACUUUUGACUGGUCAAACUUG